AUGGCACCUCUAACAGCAAAGAACUGCUUCCCAUUACUAAACGGCUCAAGGAUUCCAGCUUGCGGUGUCGGAGUGUAUCUUUUGCCUGCUUCACAAACUGCUGGAAUUGUUGAAAAAGCCUUGGACGUCGGAUACCGUCUUAUCGAUACUGCCCAAGAAUAUGAAAAUGAGAGAGAAACUGGUGAGGGAAUCAAGGCUUGGCUUGGUAAAGACAAGAACAACAAGAGAGAGGAUGUUUUGUACACCACCAAAAUUACAAAUCUGAACCAAGGAUACGAUAGGACCUGGAGAAGUUUGAAAGAAUCGCUCAACAAAGUCAAACACCUUGAGUAUAUUGACUUGGUGCUCAUUCAUGACCCUUUAAGUGACAAAAAAACUAGGAUCGAGACAUGGAAGGCAUUACAAGAAGCUGUUGAUAGUGGAAUGGUUAAAUCUAUUGGCGUAUCGAACUUUGGUAAGCACCAUAUUCAAGAACUUUACGACUGGGAAGGAUUGAAGUACAAGCCUAUUGUAAACCAAAUCGAAUUGAGUCCUUGGCUUAUGAGAAAAGAUUUGGUGGACUACUGUCAAAAUCUUGGAAUUGUAUUGGAGGCAUACUGCCCACUUACUACUGGUGCUAAAUUGAACGAUCCUACCCUUGUUAAAUUGGCCAAGAAGUAUAACAAGACGCCAGCUCAGGUAUUGUUGAGAUGGAACAUUGAUCGUGGAGUAGUUGUAAUUCCAAAAUCACUGAAACCCGAAAGACUUCCACAAAACUUUGACCUUUUCGAUUUCAAAUUGACCGAUGAAGAUUUUGCUGAACUUGCGCAUCCUGAUGCUUAUGAUGUAUUUGGUGGAUGGGAUCCAAGUCGGUCCAAAUCGUAA